UUUUUCCCGCCUCGUCUAUCCAGACCCAAAAGUCUACCAAACCUCAUUCAUUUUUCCCUUCUCUUUCUUACCCCCUCCCCCCCCCCGCGCCACGCCUUCUUACCCUCUCUUCUCCAUAUUCAAUUCCAUAUUCUCUUCUUCCUUCCCUUCUUCCUUUCCUUUCCUUUCUUAACCGCAACCAUUCCUCUUCUACCGCUUUUAGACCCCUCCCGUCAUUCCUUUUCCUGCACACUUCCUGCAUCGUCUCCCCUCCCUCGCUCUCUUCCCCUUCUUUACCCGUGUAUUUGAUACUGUCUCGUCUUCACUCCCCGCCUGGUCCAAGUCCUUGGCUGCCAUUUGCCAAGCUGACUCGGACCUGGGUGUUAGGCUCCCUUGUCCAUGCCACGUUCAUCGGCUACGGCUAGGAAGAGUCAUAGCAAUCGACAUGAGAAUGGCGUCGCCGGCUCCGGAAAGAAAGUGAACAAGCAAAGAUCGAACGGACAACUGAAUGGGAAUGCCAACGGUAGCUCUACACUAAGUUCUGGACCAUCAUCUCAAGUCGACUGGCCCUCGUCUCGCUCCAACAGCGACACGGCAAUUACUUCCACGGUAGCGGCGGCAACGAAGGCUAACGGUACGACGGAUUGCUCGAAGGCGGAUGGUAACGGACGUGGUCUGAAUGGAUACGCUAAGGGCAACACGGACAUGUCUUACGGACAGGCGAAUGGCGCAGUGCCGCAGAAUGGUGGCCUUACUGGCCAGGCGUCGCGUCGUACGGAGAGUUCCAAGCGGCCAGGCUCGAAUACCUCGAUCAAUCCACUUCAACUGGCUUCGACUAUCCUCAAAUCCUGUCCGAUGUACGACACUAUCGCCAUCCUGAUCUUCCUCCUUCAGCUACCGCCCAUGGUCCUUACGCUGGUGCAGUUCUUGUUCGCUUCCCUGACGUUCAUGCCACCUGGCGGUGCGUCUGCUGGAUCUCUGACAUCCAAUUUCGAUAUCUUUCAGGGUCCGGCCGGAACGCCAUCCCUCGGUACGAUGAUUGCAAUGGAUGGAUUCUUCCUACUCUUCUGGGGUCUUUUCAUGUGGACCUGGGCGCAAAACUUCGCUCUCGAUUUAGCCCAUGUCCAGGUCGCCAUAACCCUGGGUGGAGGAGGGUCGGGGAAAAACGGAGGGGUUAAUACCCUCUGUGUCGGUAUUGUUCUUGUUUUGCAUCUCAUUCGAAGUAAAGGUAUACAGGAUUUUGUCAUAGGUCAUCUGCUUUCCGCCAAAAUCAUUAGCCCCGAUAUACUGUCGCAAUACUCUCAUCUUAUGCCUCCCGAAUUUCGGCGCUCUGAACCGCAAUCUUCUCCGAGCUGGAUCCGGAGUCUUCUUGCGGUUCACAUCUUAGCGCAAGCAGGUACUGCGAUGGCUAGACGUUCAAUGGCUAAAAAUAGGGCACCGGCUCCUCCUCGAACUGGAAAACGUGUUGAUACCGAAGCAUCCGCCGGCUCACAAACGCAAAUUGAUUCUGCGUUCGAGUCCGGGACCAGUGUGUCUUCUUAUAUCGGUGCCGAUGGUCAACUGGUUACGCCCGCAACGCACAAGGAUGGUAGGGAUCGAUUGAUUUCGGCGAAGAAGCGCAGGAGACAGGCAAACCAGGUCCGGAAUCGCCAGCCGUUCUGGGCUGCGCUCGCAAGCACGAAGGUGACGGUUAUGAGAGAGUACGAACAUUCCAGGGCCUUGUCGAAAACUGCUCGGGGCCUCACUAUGACAGAGGGGGAUCUUCAGGGUGUUUCUUUGGAUGAUGGCCUUGUUUGGAUUACCGAUAUCGAUAGCUCCUCUAUAAAGUUUGCGGCGGGUGAUCUCAUUUCAGAUGAUACUGGCGUUUCCGGCUCUUGUGAAACUGGACGCUUGGGUGAGGAUAUGGAACCUUUCUAUGUCUGUGUCAAUGGUGCACUUUGGGCGACAGUCACGAUUUGUAAAGUCCAGGAUGCACCCAAAGGCUCAAGUGCAGUGCAUUGGCGUGGCGAGAUUUCUGGUCUCGCUCCCAAUUGUGCGUACACUUGCUCUUUUGUGCGAAGUGACACGGAGGAGGAGAUUUGCGUCAUGAGUGUCAAGACACCGGUCGCAAACGACACAGAGCAAGUCUCCUCGGUAGCCACUCCGCCACAGCCGUCCUAUCGACCAUCCUCCCCAACGACCACAUUAAAAAACUCCAUUGUUAACGCUGAAUUGAAACUGAACGAGAAGCGUGCACGGUUGAGAAAGGCCAAGAAUGAUCACAAGCUCGUCGUUUCGAAGAUCAGGAAGGAGUUGGACAAUUAUAACCAUCGUCUUCACAGCGGCACGGAUGAAAAUCGACAGAAACAGCGCUCGUUGCAACUGGAGAGGAACAUCAAGCAAACGGAAGAAGCUACCGCCGUUUUGGAGGUUCAGUUGGAUAGCCUAGAGAACAUUCCGGAGGAGGAACUCAAAGAAUGGUCGGCAGAAAAAGCCAAGUACGACCAUGAACUUGAGCUUCUUAAUUCAGCUAAGGAAGAUGUGGUUUCUGCACGAUCGGCCGUUGCCCGUGAGGUAUCACAACUGGAGUCGGAUUUGACCUCCGCGAUCCAAAGACGGGAACGACUGCAGGGUCGCCGCACUAGGGUUAACGAACAGUACGAGCGCAUCGUCUCUGCUAACGCACAAGGGCUCAACGAAAGAGAGCGUCGCGCUGCGGAACAGUUUGCUCGAGAGCAGGACCAGGCCAAACUCGAGGCGAAUUUCAAUGAACAGUUUGCGAGCAUUAGCCAGUCAGUGCAGGAGUACCAGUUGCGCACCAAUCAACUUUGGCAGCAAUGUGUGGCUAUUGAGCAAGUUCUCCGGCAGCAGCAACAGCAGAUUCUCAUGGACUCGGUUCCACUGACUCCCGAGGGCAAUUUACCUGGUACUAAGCCCCUCAGCGAGGCGCCCACCAUGUCUCUAGCCGCUUUGACGACGAGCGCUUCCAGCAACCGAUCAUUGCUUGGACUUAGCUUUCCGCCAUUGAAGUCUAGCCCUCUGCAGCAUGCGUCGUCCCCUAUUGGUGCCACCUCGUCUCACCCGACUAGUCCAAUACAGGCGCCGUCUUACCUACAGCAUUUCCCGACCUCGCCUCUCGCUAACACCGCCUCUCUCUUCGAAUCGGAUUUCAUCCAUCGUGACCGAUCCUUCUCUAAUCGAUCGGGCCACAGCAGCCUCUAUGGCUCCGAUUUCCUGGAUUCGAGCCGUCGCCCUCCCUUUCAGUUUGAUCUGUCUGAGAAGGUUACCGAUAAGAGAAGCAGUUCGGGCUCUGAGAGCAAUGUUCCUAACCUAGGGUUGAGACCGAUCUCCAGUCCGUUCCCAAGGGCAGGUAGCCGUGCAAGUGGAAGUGGUGGAAGUGGUAGCGGCAGUGGCAGUCCCAGCUCUGCAGCCGGAAAGGUCAACUAGGCUGUCAGAUCCCUUCAAUGUAGUCGAUAUGCUGCUCCUAGCUUUUAGGUGCUUGUGUUCUCCUUUUCUGCUAGUGUUGAUCUUCCGACGUGGCGCUGAAAUCUUCUUGGAUUUCCCAGGCCAUCCUAGGUGUAUCUAGCCCUUAUCCUGGUUUUAUUUCGCCUGUGAUCAAUAAAAUCCUGUGUCCUGUGUAAGAUCUGCCUUAUUGCGUUCGUCAUCACUCGCAAGUUAUUACAGUAGUUCUGCGCAACUGUGACCGAAUCCCCUUUCCCGCAAGUCAGUUUGAUUCUACAUGUAUGAUGAGCAUACAUUAACCGAUGCUACCGCCCUUUAAAUUCGAUGUGGCCCUGCCUGGUUAUCUCCCUCUAAAAUAGAUAACAUGCCUCAGCGAGAUGAAAACCUCCAGUGACUAAAAUCUGCAUCUUCCCAAACCUACCAACUUACUUACGCUCUUCACAUACUCGAUUGCUUCUCCGAUUGAAUGAGGCGUUGCCACCACCGUACUUGGAUCCAGUUCAUGCCAAACAGCUGCCAGCUUUUCCUGUAACGUGAGAUUCCGAAGUGCAUCUAGAUUAACGUUCCGAUUAACGAAAUCUUUGACCGAACCUCUGGCAGGUUAUCGCCAGGAAUAGACUGUUGGACCCUUGGCUACUCACCAGGUUUAUAUGAACAGCUUU